UCAGCGACAACGAAAGUGUUCAAACCGAUAUUCGCGUUUUCAAUUUGUGUAUUCUUCAAAAGUGUAAAAAAAUUGAAAAUAUAUAUAUUUUAUAUAACAAAAAUGCUGCAAAAAGUGUUUGUCUGCUUUGCAAUUGCCAUGUGCUUGAUGCAUAGUGCAACUGCCAUUAAGUGCUAUCAAUGCAAAUCUCUGACGGAUCCCAAUUGUGCCAAGGAUAAAAUCGAUGCAACUUCCAACAUCCGUCAGGUGGAUUGUGAUUUUGUGGCAAGGCCCAGCACCCAGGAUCAACUGCAGCCGGUGACCAGAUGCAACAGGGUGAUCACAAGUGAUCGUGCCGGCCAAAUUGUGUCCCGCGACUGUCACUUUGAGAUCUUGGGACAGAAGGACAACGAGUGCACAGUGACUCACAGUCGCGAGGUGCAGAGCUGUUAUACCUGCAAGGGAGAUCUAUGUAAUGCUUCCGGCGCUGCACGUUAUAUGGCCUUGAGUGCGGCAGCGCUGCUGGCGAUGUUCGCCGUGCAAAUUGUGCUCUGAGACAACCGAAGCAUUAUUAUUAUAAAUAAAUUGAAUUCUUGUACAAAUUGAGUAAAAUGUAAUCCUAAAUGUUAAUUCGUUUACAUAAUAAAUUCCAAAAAUAAUUAAAGCCAUAUGGCUCAAACAUA